AUGGCACAAGCACUGCCUACUUCGUCUGGCCCACCGGGUGAAGAUGCUUCGUCUAACUUCCUUAGUAAACUACAGCAGGCCUACGAUAAGGGGUUCCAAGACGGUUUGAAGUGCUCACAGGAAGCAAUAGCACCUCCUUGGCCUUCAUUCUCCUUCGCAACAUCCACUGAGCAGGGUAUUAGGGCAAUGAACAAUUACGCUCAACCCAUGGCAUCCCCUUGGCCUUUAUUCUCAUUCGCAACAUCAAGUGAGCAUGGUAGCAGCUCAACGGACAACUACACUCAACCCACAUCGUCGAUCUGGACAAAUAGCGGUUUGAUACCACACCUCCAGAGCCAGCCCGAGAUUGAGCUUGCUUCGCAGGGCAUCGACCUUGACGCAUGGUUGUCGCUCAACCCCAGAGCACCAGCUGCAAACAUAGGCGGUAGUGAACUGCCUAGUCACUCAUCAGCGGAACUCCCAUCAAAUGUGCACCCUGAAGGCCACGUCAUCGUGCCUCGGACUGAAAGUGAGACAGCGAGGGACCAAGGCCCGUCAUUCAAGGAGCCAUCCAGUAUCCUCUUAGCUACAUAUGCAUCGCCAAAUAUCGGAAUAGAGUCACCGGAAGAACAAUACCUUGAAAAUAUCAACGUCAAGAGUUACUCUCCUUUACUUGAUCAACGCAAGGAACUUGAUCAGAACGAAGGAGACAACCUUGCAAGUCUAAUAGAGAAGGACCACGACAAGGUGCUGAACAAUACGCCUUGUAACACAUUUCCUGUGAAAUUGCCCUAA